GUAUUUUAUACGAGUCAGUAAUCGCAUAAAAUAAUUGUAUUCUAAAGUUUGCUGGAUCAGCUGCAUGCUCGUGUCUCGCGACUUAAAGGGCUAGUUCACCAGAAAUGAUCAUUCUGUCAAUAUUCACCAAAGUCCUUAUAAAUUGUCUCUGAUAUUGACUCACCAUUGAUUCAAACCUAAACGCUGAACUUCCGUGAACACACACAUAGAGGUGCACAGUGACAAUCUCAGUCACCAUUCACUCUCAUUGUAUAGAGUAGACGGAAGUCAUGAAGGUUUUAAACAAAGUGAGCCUUUAUCACUAAGUUGAACCCUAUGCUGAUAAUAUUUUCCUAAUGUCAACACAAGUAGCAAGUUGGACUUCGAGCCGGCGUGCUUUAUAGUGUAAUUUCCUUUAUUUCUUAUGACAUGAUGUCACUUAUUGUGCAUUACACACACUAUCAUUCUUCAUUCUCCCUCUGAGCUGUGUGUGUGUAUGUGUGUUGUCAUGAAUGUAACCUCAGAUUUUUUGAGCUGCAAUGUGUGUGGUGUUUCUUAUAAAAAUGGUUUUGCAGUAGGCCAGGAUUGUUCCUCUGGACUGAAUCUUUGGUGUGCGUAUGUCAAUGUGACUAGAGGAAACUCUUCCGACAGCACUAUGGGUCAAGACAGAGGAAAGUACGAUUUCUAUAUAGGCCUCGCUUUGGCUGUAAGUUCCAGUAUAUUUAUUGGCGGUAGUUUCAUCUUAAAGAAGAAAGGACUCCUUCGACUGGCCAGGAAGGGCUCGAUGCGUGCAGGCCAAGGAGGUCACGCAUACUUAAAAGAAUGUCUUUGGUGGGCUGGCUUGUUAUCAAUGGGGGCCGGCGAAGCUGCCAAUUUCGCUGCAUACGCCUUCGCUCCCGCCACCCUCGUCACUCCUCUCGGUGCUCUCAGCGUGCUAGUCAGUGCCGUUCUGUCCUCGUACUUCCUGACAGAGAGGCUGAACCUGCACGGGAAGCUUGGCUGUCUGCUCAGUAUCCUGGGCUCCACUACCAUGGUGAUACACGCACCUCAAGAGGAGGAGAUCGACAGCCUGGAAGACAUGGCCAAAAAACUGGUUGAUCCAGGCUUCAUGGUCUUCGCUACAGCUGUCAUCAUCAUAGCACUCAUCUUCAUCUUCGUACUGGGCCCACGCCACGGGCAAACCAACAUCCUGGUCUACAUCACCAUCUGCUCUGUGAUUGGUGCUCUGUCUGUCUCCUGCGUGAAGGGGUUGGGCAUCACCAUUAAGGAGGCCAUCGCUGGGAAGCCAGUGUUUCGAAACCCUUUGGCCUGGCUGCUGCUGCUUAGCCUGAUAGCUUGUGUUAGCACACAGAUCAACUACCUGAAUAAAGCACUGGACAUCUUUAACACGUCCCUGGUGACACCCAUCUAUUACGUCUUCUUCACCACCUCAGUGCUCUCCUGCUCUGCCAUAUUGUUCAAAGAAUGGGAACACAUGGGCACCGAUGACAUCAUCGGCACACUGAGUGGCUUCUUCACGAUUAUCGUGGGCAUCUUCCUGCUGCACGCCUUUAAGGACGUUAGCAUUAGCUUGGCGACAUUGGCCGUGUCCAUCAGGAAGGACGAGAGAAACGGCCCUUUAUCAAAUGGCAUGGCAGCUCACAACCACUCCAGUUACGAGCUGCUACAUACCGACGUCAUGGAGGACUUUGACGACAGAGAGUCAGGGUUGCCUUUCGACAGCGUCUCCAGAAGAAACGGCACUAUGACAGUCUCAUAGGUUCAAAGAGGAGCCGGUAUGCAGCAGUUUGUCUAUGGAAAUGUUUUGGCUGCUCAAUGGACAUUUAGCAUUUUUCUUUCCUUUUCAGAUAUGACAUAAAACCUAAGACAAUCAACUCUCAACGCAAAAACAUAAAAGAUGGACCAAUCGAUUGUACUAAGGGUUUUGUUUGAUUUUUUGUUUUGUUUUGUUCGUUUCAAACUAGACUACAUGGUAAGCUUCAUCUCAUUCCUCAUGUAGCACUGUAAAUAUACAACUGUACGUUUUUAAGAGACUUUUGUUAUAUUUUAUGUGAAGAUACCUGUAUUUACAUGCACUGAGUUUCUUUCUACAAAACCAGUAGUUGCUUUGACUUUGUAAUAAAGACAUCCAAGUGGAAAGAUGAGAAGACCUUCUCAGUUCA